ACAGCCCUCGUGGGCACUGCUCCUCGUACCCCCCAGCCGUCUAAUGUUUUCAGAAUGUGGAACAAUGGUGCUAGUUCAGAGCUUUCUAUGUGCCAGGUUUGUUAAACUUUGGUGGUGGUGGGGUGCUGAGACCAAGCUGGGCUGAAACUCCUGGUGAUCCCACUCCCUCAGCUUCCUGAGCCCUAGGAUUACGGCGCGCGCCACCACGUCGUCCAGGCUCCUUAAACUUUUUCACUCCAUUGGUAUCUUGGAUCCCUCACCUUCCAACUCGGUGGAAAGUAGGAUUAUAUCCGUUUUCAGGUGGGAAAAUGAAGAAAGCCACUUGUCCAGGGUCUGCCAGGCGAAUGAAUGGGCAGCCGCAGUGCAGGAACCAGGACCUACCCGCAGCCCGCCGGCUCCAGCGCUUGCCAGGCGCUCCCGCUCCUGGGCGGUGGGAGGGAGGCGGCCUGGCGCGGGUGACCUACGGCUUCUCGGACGCUGUCCCCGAGACCUCACAGGAAGAUCUUGCAAUUCCCUUCCCCGUGGAGAUCCUGGUUCACUCCUCCCAAGUUAUUCCUACCACCCGCCCCAUCUUAUUGAUUGAAGUACUGGGGAUUGAAUUCACGGCCUUCACAUUGAGGGGCACCCGGGAGUCCGACCGGACCGCGACUGCACACGCAGAGGCGCCCUGGAGAUUCCUCGGAGCGGCCACCACGCCACCCUCGGGCUCGCACCCAGCAAGACUGAGCCCCCGGAUACCCGAGUCUGCGACACGUGUGCUGGAAAGGGACCUUCGGAUGUCUCAGGGCCCCCAAGCUCCCCCACCCCGCCCAGGCCACCUCGAAGCGCUCCCUGCCCUUCUUGUAAGAAAGGAGGAGGAGAGGCGAGGGGAGAGUUGGGCAGAACCGCGCAGAAGGCGGGCUCCGAGCGCGGGAAGGAGAAGGACCGGUUCAACCGGGACCAACUCGGGUGUCCUUGUAAAGGUUCAGUGAUUCCAAGCAGGGCACACCGGUCAUCCCAACACUCUGGGAGGCUGAGACAGGAGGAUACCAGGUACAAACUCAACCUGGGCAAUGUAACGAUUUACCGAGAACGCCUCAAAAUACAGAAUAAAAAAGGCCUGGGGAUGUAGCUCAGUGCAAAAGCCCUAGGUUCAAUCCCAAGUACCACAAAAUUAAUUUAAUUAAAUAAAAGUUUCUCCAAAGCUAUGACCUGAGUGAAGAGAAGCUGUUAUUUACGUUGCCUCAGGAGGGAAACAGUUUGCGUAGGCACAGCCCUAAGGGCUUGGUCUGGAACUAAGAUUACGGCUUCCGACCACACAGAAUGAGGACUGUGCUCCCAGGCCCGGAAUACGCGACAAGGCGUGGCCUGUAGACCGGAAGCUGCCUCUGCCUACAUCCAAGAUGGCCGCAGUGGGGGCGGAAGUUCCUGUUCUUCGGUCCUCUGUGGGCUCUAUGGCCUCUUCUCUGGACGCCCGUCUCUGGAUGGUGGCCUCUUUCUCCUCUGGACGCCCGGCUCUGGACGGGGGUGUGGCGGCGGCGCGCUCCCAGCACUAGGAAACAAUGAUCGCCCAGACACCAGGAGGGAGGGUCUUGGCCUGAGCGGGAGGGGUAACCCUUCCCUCGCAGAUCCUUUUUUUUGUGGUCCUAGGGUGAGUGGCAGUGCCGUGGGAGGGUGGAAGGUGGUCAGUGCCCGCGUGCCAGGCAGUCGCGGUGCACGGUGACCCGUGGGGACCUGGAGGGGGAUUCGAUUCCCGGGCUGCGCUAGGCAGCGCGAGGAGAGGGGUGCAAGGGUGCUGUGCGGGCCUGGCGUUGACCCUUUGGUCUCCGUCCACACGUAGUGGAAGCCAACCCAGGCAGGUUCAAGCUCCACUCCGGACCAUGCAGGAGAGACGAAUGUUUUGUGGAGCCGUGCAGGAGGGCUUUCAGAUAAGGCAGGCCCUGGUGGGCUGAGUGAGGGGAGUUGAGCUAUCUUAGUUUUCGAGACAAGGGGUCACUAUGUGGUUCAGGCUGGCCUGGAACUGGCGGUGGUCCUCUUGCCUCAGCCUCCUGAGUGCCGAGAUGACAGGUGUGCCCCACCAUGUCCCCCUGAAUUUGAGUAUCUGUACACUAAUGCCAUCCUCACCCGCAAGAAGUGAAGGAUCACACGGUCUUCCCAGCAGUUGUAGCUUUCAUGGAGAGGAGUAAAAAAGAGGUAAGGCUUCGACUCCCUGUACACCCACACAUCGUUCGCACGACCCACCCAGUGGAGAGCCAGCCUGCACCUUGUUCACCUGUCUCCUAUACUACAGCAUUUUAUGUAAGGGAUUUAAGCAGCACGCAUGGAUUUUGGUACCUGUGGGGAUCUUAGAUCCAGUCUCUUGAGGGCAUCAAGAGACAUCUGUAUUUUUCUUACAUUUAUUUAUUUAUUUUUGAGACCCAGUCUUGCUAUGUAGCCCAAGUCAGCCCUUAAAAUUUCGAUGAUCCUCCUGCCUCACCUCCCAAGUGCUGGGAUUACAGGCGUGCACCAACACACCCGACCACCUGUAUUUGUUAGUAGGCUGAUUUCCUGAGGGGUAGGGACUCAAGGUCUGUGCACAUCUUGACCUUCCUGCAGACACAUACCCACUUUCUCUGUACACCUGGUCUACUAGGUCCUCUGAAUGUACACCAGUAUCCUCCCUGCAGCUGUCCUCUGCUUCCUGAUUAUCUUCCCCCUCUGUGUCCCGCAUCCUUCUUUCAAUGCUGAGAAACACCAGCCCCCACUGUCCACUCCAAGGCCACAAAGGGUUUGGACAGCGGGGGCUGAAGCCCACAUCCAUCAGCACUCUAAAGCUCCUGCCUUCUGUAUGUGCAGCUUUUGGAACAAAAAUCCAAACUCUGAAAUACAUCUGCUGACAAGCUAAUACUGAGCAUUCCAGUAAUUAACAUUUAGGCUCCACUGGACCCAGGCAGUCAAAAAAAGAAAGGAAGAAAGAAAGGAAAAAGGAAAGAGAGAGGGAGAAAACUGGGUUUGGUGACACAUGCUUAUAAUUCCAGAACUCUGGGAUUAGCUGAGGGAGGAGGAUCCUAAAGUUGAACCUACCCUGGGCAGUUUAACUUUACAAGACAUCUCCAAAUGGAAAUACUAAAAAGGGCUAAAAAUAAAACAAAACAAAAAAGCCAUGCAUGGUAUACACCUCUGUAAUCCCAGCACUCAGAAGGCUGAGGCAGGAGGAUCAUGAAGUUCGAGGCCAGCCUGGGCUGCACAGUGUGGGCUACCUGGACUUUGUCUCAUAAAGGUGGGGGAAAAAAGACCAAAAACAAAAAGGCUGGGAUGGAGCUCAGUAUGAAGGCCCUGAGUUCAAUCCCAAAAGAGAAGAAAAACAAGAUAAAAUAAGUAAAUGAGUGUACUCAUUUCCUGACACUCAGUGUUGGAAGCAAGGACAGAGUAAGGACAGAGGGGUGCGACUCUGGCUUAACCCAAAUACAAGUUCAGGCUGUCUGCCCACUGACUGCCUCCCAGCGUGUGAAAUACACAGUGAGAAAAGGCAAGAGUCACUACUGUGUGUCAGGCACAUACUUCCCAUGGAGUAACUUAUAUUAUCAUUCCAACCCUAGGUAGGAAACAAGGAUUGGAGCUUUCCCUGUUCUACAGACGGGGAAACGGAGGCCCAAGGCGGUCACGUAACACGGCUCGAGAUCACUUUGCUAACAAGUGGAGUCUGAGGAAAUGGUCUCCAGCAGACUAAGCACUCUAUUUUUUUCCCUUUGUUCUUUUUGAGUCACUUGUGUAGCCCAAGCUGGCCUUGAUCUCUGUGUUCCUCCUGCCUCAGCCUCCCGAGUACUGUACUGGGAUUACAGGUGUGCACCACCAUGCCUGCCUGUGUGACCUGUGACCCACAGAUACCAGAAGGCAAGCUGUUUGCCCAGGUGUCACACAGUGACCUGUGGGAUGCCAGCAGAUUUGCACAAGUGGCAGGGACCCUGGGCUGGAGGUGCCUGUGGGCUGCUCAGUCCUUGCUCACUGCACUCCUUAGCUGAACCUGGACUAAGAGCACCAGCAGCUGGGAUUGCUGUUGGAGCACCCAGGCUCUGAAACAUGUGCAGCUGAAGAGGAGCCCACAGUGGGCUGGGUGCCUCAGGGACACUGAUGCGCAGGUGCCCUGGGGGCAGGUGCCAUCUGAGUCCUGGCAGCAUGCUAGACACUCUGCAUGUGAGAUGGAACACAGCCAGCCCCCAAUGGACAGGGUCCUCAGAAAGAUGUCCCAAGUGUCCCACAUGAGUGGUGAGUAUCCUUGAUCUUGGAAUGAGUUCAGCUGGGCAUGGUGGUGCAUACCUGUAAUCCCAGCACUGACACGGCUGAGGCAAGAGGAUCUCUCAAAUUUCAAGCCCACCCUAAAGUACCGUUAAGACCCUGUCUCAAAGGAAAAAAAAAAAAGGGAGGGAAUAAACGAGUUGUUCCUCCUGUGACCUCUGUCCUUUUUGUCCACAGACCUGCAACAGUGCUGCUGGGCAUGGCUCUCCUUUUUAGUUUCUUCCCUCUGACCUAGGCCCUCCCUGGUGCCCAGAGCCAUGAACACCACUUUGGAGCCGGUCCUGUUCCUAGGGAGGAGGGGCAGGGCCAGGUACCUGUCCCCAAGGCUUACAUCCGGAGCUGGUGGAACCCUGGGUUAAACCCUGCACCUCUGGUCCUGUCCCAAGUGCACUUCAGGGAUGGCAGAGGCAAGGAGACCUCAGAUACAUGUCAGCCUGUGUCCUGCUGAGGCCGCAGAACCAUUUGCCCCUGUGCCUUCUGUGUGCCAAGUUGGAAUAAAGUCCCAGCGUUACUAACA